UGGAUGGGUAGUCAAUUGCUCUUCAUAGACAUCUUGGAUGCUCUAGGAAUUCUUAUGAAGCAAUUGCAAGGGCACAAGGUUACGGAAAGGGAGAGGAAAAAGAUUCAAAGAACAGUGUCUGAUAUCGCUACACUCAUCCCAGUUACAAUCCUAAUGCUACUUCCUGUAUCUGCAAUAGGCCAUGCUGCCAUGUUUGCAGCAAUCAAGAGAUACGUGCCAUCCUUGAUUCCCUCUCCAUAUUCAUCCGAACGGCUGGAUAUCGUGAAACAACUGAAGAGAACUAAGAAGAUGGAAGUUCAGACAUGGAGCACCAUUGAAGAUUCUUCCUCUACAAUCCUCUGAUGUGAAUCAUCUUCCCUACUUAAUGAUGCAAAGCAACUGUAUUCUCUUAAUCUCUUUGCGUUGAACCAGAAUUAUGCAUUCGGAGUCUGUAAAUAGGUGAAUGCACAUGCAGAUACGAUUAACUACAAUGUAAAAGUACUUUUAGAAUGUAUAAUUUUAGACUUCCAUAUACAGAC